CGGAAAAGAGGGAGGGUAACUGUCGAUACAUAGGUAAAGGGGGCGGAAGACCGUUGUCCUUCAUCAUUUUAGCACUAUAGUAUUCUACAGGGGCUACGUUUUAGUAUUUUAUUAAGUUAUAACGGUACAUACAGUGAACCGCUGUCAAAAUGGCGCACCCAGACGGAAAGAAAAUAUUCUUUGAGAACCUGUCGGGAGCGGGGAAAGCCAUCGCGGUGCUGACGAGCGGAGGGGAUGCUCAAGGGAUGAAUGCUGCUGUUCGUGCUGUGGUUCGAAUGGGUCUAUACGUGGGAGCAAAAGUCUAUUUCAUUCAUGAGGGAUAUCAGGGUAUGGUGGAUGGUGGGGACAACAUAGAGGAGGCUUCAUGGGAAAGUGUCUCCAGCAUGUUGCAAGUGGGUGGAACUGUGAUUGGCAGCGCCCGCUGCAAAGAGUUUCGCACCCAUGAGGGUCGUCUGAAGGCAGCCCACAACUUGUUGCAGCGUGGCAUCACCAAUCUGUGUGUCAUCGGUGGAGAUGGCAGCCUGACAGGAGCCAACCUUUUCAGGGAGGAGUGGAGUGGGCUACUGGCAGAGCUUGUGGAGCAAGGUCUGAUUGAGGAGGAUGCAGUUCAGAAGUACUCGGCCCUUCACAUUGUGGGGAUGGUGGGCUCCAUUGAUAAUGACUUCUGCGGAACUGACAUGACAAUUGGAACCGACUCCGCUUUGCACAGAAUCAUCGAGGUGGUGGAUGCAAUUAUGACGACUGCCCAGAGUCACCAGAGGACAUUUGUGUUGGAGGUCAUGGGGAGACACUGUGGCUACCUGGCCCUUGUGAGCGCUCUGGCCUGUGGAGCUGAUUGGGUGCUCAUCCCUGAGAUGCCCCCAGAGGACGGAUGGGAGGAGAAGAUGUGUCAAAAACUGUCUGCGAACCGAGCAGGAAAGAAAAGGCUGAAUAUCAUAAUUGUAGCCGAAGGGGCGAUUGAUCGUAACACCAAGCCCAUUACCACUGACUAUAUUAAGGAUCUUGUUGUCAAAUCCUUGGGUUUUGACACACGGGUGACAAUCCUGGGCCAUGUGCAGAGAGGAGGGACCCCAUCUGCGUUUGACCGCAUCCUGGCCAGUCGUAUGGGUGUGGAGGCUGUUCUUGCGCUUCUAGAGACCACGGCCAACACACCAGCCUGUGUGGUUUCUCUGUGUGGAAACCAAUCGGUGCGCUUGCCUCUGAUGGAGUGUGUACAAAUGACACAAGAAGUUCAAAAGGCAAUGGAUGAUAAACGGUUUGAGGAGGCAGUGAAGCUCCGGGGCAGGAGUUUUGAAAACAAUCUGAGGACUUACAAACUUCUGGCUCAUCGUAAACCAGAGUCUGACCUGCCAGUUAGUAACUUCAAUGUGGCUGUCCUGAACGUUGGUGCCCCUGCAGCAGGUAUGAACGCUGCUGUCCGUUCGGCUGUGAGAGUAGGCAUCUCUGAGGGCCACAAAAUGUUUGCUGUGAGCGAUGGGUUCGAGGGAUUCUACAAAGGACAGAUCAAGGAGAUUAAAUGGGGCGAUGUUGGAGGAUGGACAGGGCAAGGUGGAUCUCUGCUGGGAACCAAAAGAACACUUCCUGCCAAGCAUGCUGAGAAAAUAGCCGAUCAAAUCCGAAAGCACAACAUAAACGCACUUCUAGUUAUUGGUGGAUUUGAGGCCUUCCUGUCACUGCUGGAAUUGUUAACGGCCCGCGAGAAAUAUGGCGAGUUCUGUGUGCCGAUGGUCAUGGUGCCAGCCACUGUCUCCAACAAUGUGCCGGGCUCAGACCUCAGCAUUGGCGCUGACACGGCUUUGAAUGCCAUCACUACUGCGUUUGAGUGUCUGCUGCAGCUGUAUGAAGCUCGUGCUACCUAUGAGGAGUUUUGCAUCCCGAUGUGUAUGCUGCCUGCCACUAUAAGUAACAAUGUACCGGGCACAGAUCUAAGUAUUGGGGCCGACACAGCCCUCAAUGCCAUCGUGGAGACUUGCGACCGAAUCAAGCAGUCAGCAAGUGGCACCAAGAGGCGCGUGUUCAUUAUCGAGACAAUGGGAGGCUACUGCGGCUACCUGGCCACUGUAGGAGGCCUGGCUGCUGGAGCUGAUGCUGCUUACAUCUAUGAGGAGCCCUUUGACAUCAAAGACCUGCAGGCCAAUGUUGAACAUCUGACAGAGAAAAUGAAGACAAGCAUUCAAAGAGGAUUGGUUCUCAGGAAUGAGAACAGUAAUGAAAACUACACUACAGACUUCAUCUACCAGCUGUACUCUGAGGAAGGGAGGGGAGUGUUUGACUGCAGGAAGAAUGUGCUGGGACACAUGCAGCAGGGAGGUGCUCCGUCUCCGUUCGACCGUAACUUUGGGACCAAGAUCUCUGCCAAGGCCAUGCAGUGGAUUUCUAAAAAAUUGGUUGAGACAUUCAGACACGGCCGAGUGUUUGCCAACAGCGAGGACACCUGCUGUCUGCUGGGUAUGCGGCGCAGGGCUCUGGUCUUCCAGCCCGUGGUACAACUCACAGAGGAAACUGACUUUGUUCACAGGAUCCCCAAGGAGCAGUGGUGGUUGAAGCUGCGUCCCCUCAUGAAGAUCCUGGCUAAGUACAAAACUAGCUACGACGUCUCAGACUCUGGACAGCUGGAGCACGUUGACCGCAACCGGCCCAAAGAGUCGGAUGCUUCAGUAGCCAUGUGAAGACCCGCAAAUCCACGUCUGUGUGUAAGACAUAGAGUCUAUGAAGCAUCGGUCUGUGUUGUGGAGCCUGAACAUCUGUCUGUGUUUGACCACACUUCCUGUCUGUGUCAUGUCCGUCGUUGUCGCCUCUCUCAUGAACUCUAACGCAGCCUCUACAGUGCUCCUAAUAUCAUAGUCUGGCUCAUACAGAUGCAUGGAAUGAAAAUCCAUGCGUGUUCUUUUUGCCCUGGGUGUUUAGUGUCAUUGUCGUUUUAAAUUGCACUUUGUUUGUCUCAAGUUGCUUAGAAAGGGUCUGAACCCAGAGGAAUAGAAGGAAUAGACACUGUGUCCUGUUGUGAAAGCCAGUAUGUUUAUCUGCCUAGAACUGGUGUGAGGUUCGGCAUAUUUAUGAGAUUGAUGCAAUACAGUUCUACUGCUGCAAGUCGAGAGAACUGCUUGUCGUGCUCUACACCAAAACUAAUAUUUAUCUUUUUAUCGUUAAUUAUUUUCCUCGUAAACAUGGAUUUAUUAACUGUAGGCACUGCUGUCCUGAGUAACUGUAUUGCACAAAGUUAGAUGUGUAAGAGAUUAAUGUUUCCCAUGGAAUAAAAACCACUCUUCAGAGGCGUAACCUGUUAAA